UUUGCCCUGUGUGCCUGGACGGGGCGGGUGUAAUUUCGAUCGUUCGCGUGGUGACGUUACACACGUUUUCGGAACGGUAUCGCGUGAGAAAAAGUGACAUUAACGGUUUUGUAUCACGGUUGCACAGGAUAAAAUUGUUCGCACGCGUACGAACUCGACACAUGAAGAGAAAAAUAAUUGGUGCAAAGUGGACGAGGAAAGAAGACGCAAGUAGAACCGGCAACGAUUCGAGGAAUGACCCCACAUGAUCGUUUGCGAUCACACGACGCUUUGACGAGUCGCGAUACGACGCGAUGAUAUCUUCCAAGUGUUUAUUAUUCCCACCUUGACUACAUCACGCGUGGAUUUUUUUAUCGCCUCUUGUCCGUUAUCUGAUUAGUGUGUUCGGUGUGAAAGAAAAUCAAAGUGUUUUAAAUCGAAAGGGAAAGAGCAAAGAAGAGGAAAAAGUUUUGUAGUUUUGUUUGUUUACUCCGGUUCGUCGCACCACGAGAGUCAUGGGUGAUGUGUACACGCUAGUUAGUGACCUGCUCGUGAAGGAUACACCCGCGGACAGAAGAAAAAUCGACCUGACCACGCCACCCGUAAGAAUGAAUCACCACCAGCUCGAGUCAUCGGUGAACCGUUCCUCCGAUUCGCGACUACUCUCGACACGGAUGCCCGCAUUCUGGAGAAUAAACACAGAGAGUCGAACCGAGGUAACAGGGAUGAAAGGAUUUCUUCGACUGUGUCGAGAAAGGUUACCAAUCACUGUAUUCGCAAAAAGUUUGCAAACUGUGGCAAGGUUUCUCACAAUAUUAAUUUGGCUGCAUUCAUGGAUAUCAGACAAUACGAUGCCUAAUGAUAAACGACCAAUCAGAUCGUGGAACAUUCAUUUACAGGUACGAAGACGCGGAGUGACGUUGUUUCAUCUGUUAAUACUGGCUGGUUUGUUCACCCUUGGCACGGCCGCAAUCUGUCCAAACGGUUGCAUCUGCGACGACGACAACCUCGUGGUAUCGUGUAUAGGAGCAAAUUUGGAUGUCAUACCGAUUGCUCUGAAUCCAAGUAUCCAGCGAAUAGUGUUGAAGGAAAAUCGAAUAAAAAUAGUCGACGCAGCCGCGUUCCAAUUCUACGGGGACUUAAAGAACGUCGAUUUGUCGAGCAAUCACCUGUUUACCAUUCCCAAUGGGAGCUUCGAUGCUCAGAAGCAACUGGUGGAACUUCAUCUAAGACACAACAAGAUCUCGGCAUUGACCGAGAAGACGUUCCAAGGUUUAAAAUCUUUGACGGUGCUCAAUCUACGUGAUAACUAUUUAGAAAACCUGAAGAAUGGCCUGUUUGCCUCGUUAUCGAAGUUGGAAGAGCUGGACUUGGGAAAAAAUCGCAUAUCGAAAGUGGAGCCGGGUGCUUUUCAAAAGUUGGGCACGCUUCGAGUAUUACACCUCGACGACAAUCAGUUGAAAACCAUUCCAUCUCCGGCUCUGGCUCCGUUGAAUGCCCUGGCCGAGUUGCACAUAGGUUGGAACGCGUUUUCGUCACUUCCAGACGACGCGUUCAGGGGACUGGAACAAUUGACCGUGCUUGACAUUACCGGUGCAGGCUUGGACAACAUAAGCGACAGCGCUUUUCGCGGUCUGAACGCUCUACGCACGUUGGAAUUGGAUGGGAACAAAUUGCGAGAAGUACCGACUAGACAAUUGGCCGUUCUGCCUCGGCUCGAGGAGCUCACUCUGGGCCAAAACUUCUUCACGAUCCUGAGAUCGGGUGCCUUCCAAGGCCUGUCCAAAUUGAAGAAACUGGACAUAUCCGCGGCAAAGUUAUUAACCACCGUUGAACGAGGAGCGUUUUCGGACAAUGCAAAUCUAGAGACACUCGUGUUGAAUAGUAACAAACGGCUGACUACAAUGGAGGACGGUUCCUUGGCCGGGUUACCCAACUUAAGGCACUUGAUGUUGCGCGACAACGCAUUCACCGGAUUCUCGGAAUCUCUAGUGGCCUGGAACGAGCUUCGCCGACUCGACUUGAGUGAGAAUCCCUUGGUCUGCGACUGCAGCCUGCUCUGGUUAUCUGAGAUUCUUGUCCCAAGAAACUCCAGCCCUGUGUUGUGCCUGGAGCCAGCCGAGUCGAAAGGGAAACCUAUAAAGGGCAUGACACCCGACGAAUUGGGUUGCGCUUUCUCCGACCCAAGGAAACAAGCUCUGCUGGCCACCCUCAGCACGGCCGGCGUCGCCUUCUUCUGCGCUGUGUGUCUGAUCGGCUACUAUAGAUGUCGCAGACGCUUUGGUGAUGCGUUGAAAGACUACAAAUGGAAGAACCGCGGUAUCUCCCGCAAGGAGCACGAGUAUCAAAAGACCUUCUCGAAUGACGACGAGUAUAUCGUCAGAUCCGCCCACACUCAUCAUCAUCACCAUCACCAUCAAGCUCAACCGCAACAGAUCCCGCCUCACCAUCACCAUCACCACCUUCAACAGCAACAACUGCAACAGCAACAACAGCAACAGCAGCAGCAGCAACAACACUCCCAGAUAGCGGCUGGUAUCAAGCCUAUACCAGUGACGGAACUGUAG